UUUAGUAUUACUAUUGAUAUUUCCGGUUGGAAUGUGACUUUCACAGAAAUUUUGACAACAUAGUGUGAUUUCAUGGGAACAGUCCACGCAAAAGCCCCUGAAACUACCAUGGAAUCACACAGACCAGAGUUUGAGGGACCAUCAAAUGACACAGAUCCAAAUUUUAAGUUUGACAUCAGAACAGUGCCAGUAAAGGUUGACAGAGUGGUAAUUGAUGGAGUAGGGAAAACCAAAAAUGAUAUACUUGAAAAGACACUUAAGCCAGUUCUGUCAGCAUCAAACUUCAAAGAGAUGGUUGAAAAAAGUACAGAGGCCAAAAUAUUAUUGGAGAAAUUGGAAUUGUUUAAAAAAGUUGAUAUUCUAAUAGACACAAGUAAAGGAAAAAAAGCAUCGGCCAAUGGAUAUGAAGUGCAAUAUCACGUAGAGGAAAGGAAAUAUCCUAUUUUAAAUGUGAAAAUGGAAUUAGGAGCACAUUCAGCUAAUGAAAGUGAUGUGGUGGUAAGAAUGAAAUAUACCAAUAUGUUUGGUCGUGGUGAAUCAUGUACUCUGGAUUACAGCAGAGUUUUCAAAGAUGAUGGAGGAUAUGGUUUUCAGUUUUCAAAACCCAUCAAUGGGGAUCCUAAUAUAAGAAUUGGUGCUAAUAUAUAUAAAGGCUAUGCAGAAUUUCCAUGGAGUAGUUUUAAAGAAAUCAGUAGAGGAACUGCCUUACAUUUAAUGUUUCCAACUAAAUUAGGUUCACAUUGUUUAAAGUGGGAAGGAGUUUGGAGAGAAAUGAGAGCUCUCAACAGAGACACAUCAUUUGCUGUCAGGGAGCAAGCAGGGCAUACAUUAAAGUCUAGUAUACAGCAUGUAUUAAUGAGAGAUAAAAGAGAUGAUAAGAUAUUACCCACCAAAGGAUAUUUAGUCAAGUUAACACAGGAGUAUGCUGGUCUUGGUGGAAAUGUAGAAUUUGUCAAGAACGAUGUUGAACUUCAGUAUAAUUUACCUUUAGUGUUCGAUUCAAUAAUACAGUUAUCACUAGCUGGUGGAAUUUUAACAAAAAUAGAUCAAAACAGAGACAUCAAAAUUAACGAUAGGUACUUUCUUGGAGGGCCACUGACACUGAGAGGCUUCACAGUAAAUGGUGUUGGUCCACAUUCUGAUGGUAAUGCCUUAAGAGCUGAUGCCUUAGGAGCUGAUGCCUACUGGUUGAGUGGUCUACAUCUAUAUACUCCUUUACCAUUUAGACCAGGAAAAGGAGGGUUUGGAGAAAUGUUUAGAUCUCACUUUUUUGUUACAGCAGGAAACUUGGGGAAUGUAAAUCUAACUGAAACUGCCAAAGAAAAUUUUAAAAAUCUCACAGAAACAUUUCGUUUAUCAUAUGGACUUGGUGUUGUGUUGCGAUUAGGUGGUAUAGCUAGGUUAGAAAUAAAUUAUGUGAUACCAGUGCGAUAUCAACAUGGAGAUAAUGUUGACAAAGGUUUCCAGUAUGGAAUUGGAAUUUCAUUUUUAUAAUGGAUUUAAAAAAAAAGUGCUUAUGAAAUAAGUCUUAUAUAUCAUGUUAAAUCUCAUUUUUAAACAUUUGUUACAUUCA